AUGGAUACAGAGUCUCGCUGGACUGAUGUCUACGUUGAUCCUCGACAGCUGUCGUGCACGACCCCUCCACAACCCAACACGCAAGCUCCGAGAGCGAGUCCUCAUGGAACAGUCAGCGCCGAUAUAUCUAGCGAUGAAUUGCUAGACUUCGGCCCGACUCCAGAUCUGCCCGAGUUGGAUUGGGCCUCUCCUGCUGCGAACGGCUUCGGUGACGAGCCUGACUUCAACAAAUUUUUCCUGGAGCGCGGGGCAUGUCUAGCACCUGUGCCGUGUAGCUACUGUCGCCGCCAUCGCUUACAGUGCAUGAUCAUGGAUACCGGACCUGCCAACCCAAAUCCCGAAAAGUCGUGUUCGACCUGCGUGGGUCUCUUUCGUGGCUGCAGCCUAGCCAGUGGAAGAAAACGCCAACCUGCCGGUUUCGAGACCUCUGGCCCCGUAAUCGGACAGCUGCACGGCGUUAAUGAAGAGUCCUAUCCUUCACUCGGGAUAUCACUUGAGCAGAGUCUAACGGCUGCCAACGUAGCAGCAUCUGUCGCGCCUGUGAUAGCAUAUGAUCGUGACAAGCGACCAAGUUCUCGGCGAUAUCAGAAGACUCGACUGCUGCGGGGCUGGUUUGAUACGCAUCCGGACCAUCCAUACCCGACCGUAGAAGACGUGGAUUUUCUCAGCAUCCAGUCGGGUCUCACAAAGACCCAGGUCAACAACUGGUUUACGAAUGCUCGCAGACGACAAAGGCAAUCUACGCGCCCACUGUCCGUGCAGCAGUUCAGAGCUGGCUCCCCGAUGCCGCAAAUGAUGUCUGGCGCCUCGCCGAUGGAUCGUUGGCGUAACUCUCCGCCAGAAGACGAACAUGUCACCCCCGACGUUGUAGCAGCAGCAGCAAUUACGGCUUCAAGGCCCCACAGCCCAUGGUCACCGUCAAUGCUGGAUCAGUGGCAGGUCUCAGAGGCGAGCAGCCAGGGUGAUUCGGCCUCAGCAUCUAUGUCUUCUAUAUCAUCUUGUCUGUCUCAUCAAGCUCUGAGUCAGCCCCGGUCCCGUCCGCAAUCUAGAAGAAGUCGAGCGCGUGGAACCAAGGUACAAUACCAGUGCACAUUCUGCAAAUUGCCAUUCAAGAAGAAGCACGAUUGGGCACGCCACGAACGAGCAGUACAUAUGCCGGAGUUGGAAACCUACACUUGCACAGCACCUCCGGAGACGAGCGAGAACCUUCAAACAUGGCGUUUUGGGCGACCUGAACCCGAGUGUGGUCUAUGUGGGCAAGCAUCACCUGACGCGGAACAUUUCGCGACGCAUGACUUCGACUCCUGCUCCGCGAGGCCGUUGCCGCAACGCACGUUCUGUCGCAAAGACCACUUCUGGCAACAUCUGAGCAAGUAUCAUGGGUGCCGCAAAUGGGAUGGUUGGAAUGUUGAUCUCAAUCUGUGGCGCAACCAGCAUGAUAUUUUUCAGAGCUCUUGCGGGUUCUGCAGCGCUACCAUUGACAGCUGGACUGAGCGAGUUGCGCACUUGGCCGAUCACUUCAAGACUGGAAUGACCAUGGAGGACUGGUACGACCAGGGUUUGUUAUCAACAGCAACUCCGAUGUCGUCGUUAUAA